CGAAAUCUUAGGUUUGCGCAGAGGGCUGCUUCAGUUACUAAGGAAGAGACAAGAGCUGCGAUAUUGACUGCGGCGGAUGAUAUGCUGUCAACAAAGAAUCUCAUAUCUAAGCAUGGAUUGUCCCAAAUCAUAUCGUCUCCUCGAGGAUAUCAGGUCGAAUUGUUCGAGCGAGCCAAACACCAAAACACUAUAGCGGUUCUCGAUACCGGCUCUGGCAAAACUCUCAUUGCAGUACUGCUGCUUCGGCAUAUGAUUGAUCGUGAGCUUGCAGACCGAGGGGCCGGAAAACCUAAACGUGUCUCUUUUUUUGUUGUCGACUGCGUGACGCUUGUAUUCCAGCAAUAUUCUGUGCUUGAAUGCAAUCUUGAUCAUAAAAUGGAGCGAUUUUGUGGGGAAAUGGGAUGCGAUCUCUGGUCAAAAGAAACCUGGCAACAACACUUUGAAGAAAACAUGGUCAUUGUUUGUACCGCAGACGUGCUAUAUAACUGCCUCUCCCAUUCUUUUCUGAACAUGAGUCAAAUAAAUCUUCUCAUCCUUGAUGAAGCUCAUCAUGCAAAAAAGAAUCAUCCAUAUGCAAGAAUUAUCAUGGAUUUUUACCUUUCGGAGCCUGAUGAGACCAGGCGACCUAAAAUCUUUGGCAUGACUGCAUCGCCAGUGGAUGCAAAGGUGGACGUAAUACAGGCAGCUAGGGAAUUGGAGACGUUGCUUUGCAGCCAGAUUGCAACGACCUCUGAUCUUGCUCUUCUUCAAAAGUCUGUGAGCCGACCUCUGGAAAUUAUUGGGACUUACGAUCCCCCUCCUUCUGCAUAUGAGACACCCCUCCAUCAGCAAUUAAAGUCUGUAUGCGGCGACGUUGAGGUUUUCUCAAAGCUUUUCUUCCGUGCCAAGGAAGCCACCGCAGAGCUUGGUCCGUGGUGCGCAGAUCGCCUAUGGGAAUGGACUCUCUUGGAGGAGCAUGAAAGCAAGAUUGAAUCUCACGCAGAAAAGAGAAUUCUCGAGACUUCCGACCCUAAUGCUGUGGAGAAACUCGAUGCUGCAAUGGAAAAAAUUCAGCAGGCCAGGAAGUUUGUCAGUGAGCAUACUUUCCAAGUCCCUAAUUUAGAUUCCAAGGGAAUGAGCGCAAAGGUCCGGCUGUUGUGUCAUUACUUAAAUCUGUUUUUUGAGCGUCCGACUCAGGCGAAGUGUAUAGUCUUCGUUCGACAACGCCAUACUGCGCGAUUGCUUGUUGACCUCGUUCAACGGAUUGGCACUGAGCACAUUAAAGUCGCCCUUCUCGUUGGUACUCGAGCAGGAGAGGUCGGAGACCUUAGCGUUUCUUUCCGGCAACAGAUGGUUACGCUCAUGAAGUUUCGCCAGGGAGAAAUCAACUGCCUUUUUGCGACAUCGAUUGCAGAGGAAGGCCUGGACAUCCCUGAUUGUAACCUUGUAAUCCGAUUUGAUCUCUAUUCCACCUUGAUCCAGUAUAUCCAAUCUCGUGGACGAGCUCGCCACGUCAACUCCAGAUAUAUUCAUAUGGUCCAGAGAGGACAUGAAGCGCACGCGAAAACAGUUCACCAUGUUCGACGUGCCGAAGGUAUCAUGCGGGGCUUUUGUGAAGCACUGCCGGCCGACCGUAUCCUUCAAGGGGAUGAUUACGACCUAGAUGCUGCUCUGUUUAGAGAAAAGGACUACCGCGCAUAUAUAGAGCCCGAGACCAAAGCUAGAUUGACUUAUGGUUCCACCUUAGCCGUACUUGCCCGGUUUAUUGGCUGCUUGCCUCAUGACAGUGAAUGUGUGCCAAAGGUCGACUUUGUAAUGUCCUCCCACGGUCGAAGCUUUAUCUGCGAGGUGAUUCUCCCUGAAAACGCGCCAAUUAGGUCUGCUAUCGGUCGUGCAUAUGGGAAAAAAUCGCUUGCAAAGCGGUCAGCGGCAUUUGAGGCAUGCUUGCUGCUCAGAAAGAAGCAUUAUCUAGACGCCAAUCUUCUUCCAACGAUUCAAAAACAGCUCCCAGCAAUGAGGAACGCGCUUUUGGCAUUGAACAUGAAGAAGACCAAUACAUACACAAUGCGUGCCAAACCUGACUUUUGGGAAGAAACAUGGGGAUCAGUGCCAGAGGGACUUUUUAUGACGGUACUGGAGCUUGCGAAUCCGGAAGCGCUGGGCCGUCCCUACCAACCAUUGGCCAUGUUGACUCGAAAGCCAUUUCCUGAGAUACCUAAUUUCGUAUUACAUCUUGAGGCAGGACAAACCUCUGAAGUCAGAUGUGCACAAUUCAAACCCAUUAUGAGUCUAUCCCACGACUUUCUGGAGCGGCUUACUUCAUUCACUUUCCGUAUUUUCCAGGACAUAUUCAACAAAAAGUACGAAAUCGACCUCAAUAAAGUCUCCUACUGGCUUUCUCCAAUUCACAAAGACAUGGAUAUUAAUGAGCAUAUCACGAGUCCUGCGGACCUUCUAGACAUGCAAACAAUUGAGGCUGUAUUCGAAAAGGAAGAGCUGGAAUGGACGCCUGAGACUCCUGAUUCGUUCUUGGAAAAUCGAUUCCUAGUAGAUCGUUGGGAUGGCGGAAGGCGAUUUUUCUCCAUUUGUGUUGAUCCGACCAUGCAACCUCAAGAUCCAGUGCCUCCCGAUACUGCGCCAGGAAAGUAUAUGGAAAAUAUUCUUGAUUAUAGUGUCAGCCUCUUCAAGAAGUCCAGGGCAAGAGCGAAGUGGAUCGAAAAGCAACCAGUGAUCCUGGCUGACAAAGUUGUAUAUCGGCGGAACUGGCUUGAUGCCAUCACGACAGAGGAACAAAGCAUCAAAACCAAGUGCUACGUCUGUCCUGAGCCAUUAAAAUUUUCUGUACUACCAACCAGUGUUGCCGCUAUGGGAGUCAUCUUUCCGGCAAUUGUCAGCCGGUUAGAGUCCUAUUUGGUUGCCCUCGAGGGAUUCGCAACGCUUGGUCUACAGGCCAAGCCAGAGCUUGCGCUUGAGGCGAUGACCAAAGAUUCUGACAAUACAGAGGAGCACCGAGAGGAGCAGAUUCACGUGCGGCGUGGCAUGGGCAAGAAUUACGAACGGCUUGAGUUUAUUGGAGACUGCUUUCUUAAAAUGGCCACUUCAAUAGCAUUGUUUGCGCAAAUGCCAGACAAUGAUGAAUUUGAGUACCACGUCAAGCGAAUGCUCCUUGUUUGCAAUAAGAAUCUUUUUGAAGGAGCCAAGCAGCUGAAGCUCUACGAGUACAUUCGAAGUCAAGGCUUUUCCAGACGCCUCUGGUACCCCGAGGGUUUGAAGCUCUUGGAAGGAAAAGGCGCCAACAAGACGGGUAAAGAGGUGCACACACAUAUCCUCGGCGACAAGACUGUAGCAGAUGUCUGCGAAGCAAUGAUUGGAGCGUCGCUAGUUUCAUUUCGUGAAGGAGACGACUUUGACAUGGCAGUCAAAGCUGUUACUGCCCUGGUCCACAACGAGCAUCACCACAUGCUUCAAUGGAGCGAUUAUUACAAGGCUUACAAACGCCCCGCAUACAUGACUGCUAGAGCGACGGCUUCGCAGCUCGACAGCGCGGCAAAGAUUGAGACCAAACAUGCAUAUCACUUCAAAUACCCCAGACUUUUGCGUUCGGCGUUUAUUCAUCCAUCGUGCGGCUUUAGCUUCGAAAAAGUUCCAACAUAUCAGCGAUUAGAAUUUCUGGGUGAUUCCCUACUAGACAUGACUGCCAUCAACUUUCUAUUUUACAAUCAUCCUAACAAAGACCCGCAGUGGCUCACGGAGCAUAAGAUGGCCAUGGUAUCGAACAAGUUCCUCGGCGCGUUAUGCAUCAAGCUCGGCUUUCACAAACAUCUUCGAUACCAUGGACCACUCGGAGAGAUUACCAACUACGUAACAGAACUCGAAGAGGUUGAGAGAGAAUCAGAAGGAGCUAGAGACUACUGGACACAAGUGUCCAACCCGCCAAAAUGCCUUCCCGACAUUGUUGAAUCAUACGUCGGUGCCGUGUUCGUCGACUCCGAAUUCAACUUUGCCGAAGUGCAGCGCUUCUUUGACACACAUAUUCGGUGGUUCUUUGAAGACAUGAGCAUCUACGACACAUUUGCCAAUAACCACCCUACUACCUUUCUUCACAACCUUCUCCUCCACAACUACGGCUGUCAGAAUUAUCGUCUCCUCGCACAGGAACUACCCGCUGUCGACGGCCUCAACGGCGCCCCUACACAGGUCGUAGCCGCCGUCAUCAUCCACAACCAAGUCGUCGCCGACGGAUCCGCAGCGUCGGGCAAGACAGCCAAAGUCAAAGCCAGCCAGAAAGCCCUCGAAGUCUUGACCGGGCUUGCACCUUUUGAAUAUCGCAAAAUGUACAAGUGCGACUGCGAGGUCAAGGAUGCGGACGGUAACGUGGACAUGACGGAGUCAAAGAUAAAGAUAAAUGUUGAGAAGCGCGGGGACACUGUAUCCUCUCAAAGUGGUAGAACUGCAGCUGAGUCUACCGCUUUUACAACAUCCAUUUCUCCUCCUACGACGACGACGACGACUACAACAAAUACUGUUGCGGGGGUCAAUGCCGAUAUGGCUAUUUAGAUUUUCUAUGCUCCCUUUUUCCUUUUUCUUUCACUUUUCAUCUUAUAUUUCCUCUUUCCCCCU